AUGGACGGGGAGGAGUACGAGUUUCCGUUCCUACAGGAGGUCUACACUCCAUGCGAUGCGCCAAAGGUCGACUUGGUAUUUGUCCACGGACUGAACCCUCGUGGUCGAAACGAUCAUCCAUUCGAGACAUGGACCCAUUCAAACGGGAAGUUCUGGCCAAAGGACUUCCUGGCGGAAGAUAUUGGCUAUGCUCGAGUCUUUGUCUAUGGGUAUAAUUCGAACAUCACAAAUUCGCAGACCAUGUCGACGGCGAGCAUCAAGGAUCAUGCGAAUACACUGUUGAACCUGUUAGAUAUGGAGCGGAUUCCCUCCUUGCAUUCCAUGCCACCGAAGGUCAUUUUCAUUGGACAUAGUUUGGGUGGUUUGGUCAUCAAGCAGGCGCUUCUCAAUGCGAAUGAGGAUCCCAAGUAUAACUCGAUCCGUGUAGCAACUUCAGGGCUCGUAUUCUUCGGCACUCCGCAUCGAGGCGCAAAGGCUGUCGAGUUGGGCAAGAUCGCAGCGCGAGUUGCAAGAUUUGUCUCGAAAGGUCACGCGAGUAAUGAUCUCCUCGAUUGUUUGGAGCACAACUCUAUGUUCACGCGACAGAUGUCCGAUCGAUUUCGCCACCAGCUGGAAGACUAUCGUGUUAUUAGCUUCAUUGAAGGGAAAGAAGUGCAGAUUGGAGGUAUCGGACCAGCAUCUCUGAGCCAUUUGGUUGUUGAUGAAGAGUCUGCCGUCCUAGGCCUUUCUGGCAUGCGCGAAACUCAACUGAAACUCGAUGCAGACCACUCUCAGAUGUGCAAGGUGGCAUCGCGAGGACCUAUGUACCGAUUAAUCAAGGGAAAUAUCAAACAGAUGGCAGACCAGGCACUGAUAGCAGACCAAGGCUAUGUUCCUCAGUCAUCCCCUCAUCCGUCGACGGGUCGAUCUCCACCUCCUGUUCCCCCUCGCAUGCAUUCCAAUAGUAGUGCGUCGUAUGCGCCACCUGGAGGUGGAAGACCCAAUGAGCCUACACAGCGAAUAGUUGGAUCGGUAUUCGUCGCUCAAGAUAAGGAUCCACGAUCGAUCCGGUCUGCCGAACUAAAGAACCUUGCCAGAUGGGAGGAAUCACGAGAUAUCGACUACCAGAUAUUUCAGGACCAUCUGAGAACUCUCGGAGCCGACCAUCUGAGCACCUUGUCUAUGGGAUACAAUCUGGCUGAAAUGGAGCUGGAAGCCAACUAUCUAUCCAAAGCAACUGAAUGGACUACGUGGGUUUCUGAUAAUUCCCAACGCGUGUUCGGAACACGGCAUCCGCUGGCUAUGAAAACCGAGAGCUUGAUGGCAGAGAUCCUAUGCGCCAAGGGCAAAUAUCAAGAGGCUGAGUCCAUCUGUGCCAAUGUGCUUGCCCGACAGCAAAUGACAAUCGGCGAAGACCAUUUUGACACUCUGGACACGCGUCGACGUCUAGGCGCGGCUUAUAAUGGUCUGCACCGACGAGCGAAUGCUCUCAUGACAGCAGAGAAGAUCGCCGAGACAAUGAAGCGGCUCUUGGGCGAGAACCAUAUUCGCGUAUUUGGUGCUAUCCUGGAUACCCUUGAAUGGAUUCUUUAUAACCAUGAGGAUACCACAUACGUGACUGUGCAUCUACAGCCUGAUGUACGACAAGCGGUGGAAAUGUUACCACAUGUCCAUGAGGAAAUUAAAGCCAGUCUUGACCAAACGCAUCCGUUGACAAUCCGCGCUUUAUCGCUUGUUGGUCGAGGCUACACCCGUGCAGAGCAAACAGUCGAGGCCUCUGAGACACUCCGUCGUGCUCUGGCAAUUUGCGAAGAGACAUAUGGUCCCGAUCAUCCACAGACAAUGGAUAUUGUGAGCAGUAUUGGUAUCAUGUAUGCCUUCCAAACUCCCCAACAACUUCUCACGGCCAGAUCGCGAUCUGAAGCCCUUCCUUGGUUGAUCCGAUACCUUGAAUGGUGCGAGCGACGUCGAGGUCUCGAUAACCCCGAAACACAAAUCAUCUUGGAGAUGCUGGGUAAUCUCCAUUUUGCAACAAAUGAAUACGCGCCCGCUCAGAAAUAUUAUGAGCGUGCUCUGAUUGCAUAUGGCGGAGCGAAUCCUGCGGCGACGCAACGCAUCAGUACCAAUCUUCAGCUGUGUCGAGCAAAUACUAUGUUUACUAAUCGCACAGGUAGCGGGUCGGAUAUAAGGAACUUUUUGUCUGCUUUGAAACGAUUUUAA